GGGGGCGCCCGGCCCGCUUUUGUAUUUAAAGCCUCGCCGCGAGCGAGUCCGCAGUCGGGCUCAGCUUAUCCGUUCCCCGGGCUCCGGUGCCCGAGAAGCCGCCGCCGAGGAGCCAGGACUGCCGGCCGCGGGCGCCGCGCUCUUGUUCGCGCCCCCCGGACGCAGCUUCGCCAGCUCGGAGAGGCGAGGGGGAGGGGACGCGGCCGGGCAAGGAGGGCGGCGACGACGGACGAGGGCCAGGAAGCGGCGCGAUGCGAGAGUCGGCGACCGCGGCGCGGCGCUGAGCCCCGAGGAAGGAGCUGCCGCGGCCGCCCCGCGGAUCUGCAGCGCCGAGCAGAAUGCACCCGCAGCGCCGCGCGCUCCUGCAGCCCCGCCGCCGCCCCGCGGCCCGCAGCCCCCCGGGGCGGCAGUGAGCGCCUCCCGCCACCGCCUGGGGCCGAGCGGGCCCGUGCCUUUCCAGGAAGCCGCCGCCGCGCUCGAGCAGGAGCCCACUUCUGCCAGCAGCGGGGCAGCGGCCGGCGGCACGCAUGGAUUUAUGAAGACGCUCAUGCAAGAAGGGUGCAGGACUCGGGCAAACUUUUCCGCUGGCUCCGCGUCCGCCGCUCCCCUAGCCUCCGCUCCUCUCCCCUCCGCGCCCGGCGGCCGCCGCUGCCCGCGAUGGUCCCCGCGCUGCUGGGCGGCGGCGGCGGGGCCCGCGGGGGGACCGUGCCGGGCGCCUGGCUGUGCCUGAUGGCGCUGCUGCCGCUGUUGGGCUCGGCGCCGCGGGGCCCCGGGCUUGCGCACGGCCGCCGCCUCAUCUGCUGGCAGGCGCUGCUGCAGUGCCAGGGGGAGCCGGAGUGCAGCUACGCCUACAGCCAGUACGGCGAGGCGUGCGCUUCGGUGCUGGCGCAGCUCGGCGGGGGCGACGCGCCGGGAGCACCCGCCGCCUUCCCGUCGCGCUGGCGCUGCCCGAGCCACUGCAUCUCGGCGCUCAUUCAGCUCAACCACACGCGCCGCGGGCCCGCGCUGGAGGACUGUGACUGCGCGCAGGACGAGAACUGCAAGUCCACCAAGCGCGCCAUUGAACCGUGCCUGCCCCGGACGAGCGGCGACGCGGGCGGCCCGGGCGCGGGCGGAGUCAUGGGCUGCACCGAGGCCCGGCGGCGCUGCGACCGCGACAGCCGCUGCAGCCUGGCGCUGGGCCGCUACCUGAGCCACUGCGGUAAGGUCUUCAACGGGCUGCGCUGCACUGAGGAGUGCCGCGCGGUCAUCGAGGACAUGCUGGCCAUGCCCAAGGCGGCGCUGCUCAACGACUGCGUGUGCGACGGCCUGGAGCGGCCCAUCUGCGAGUCGGUCAAGGAGAACAUGGCCCGCCUGUGCUUCGGCGCCGAGCUGGGCACCGGCCCGGGCAGCAGCGGCUCGGACGGCGGCCUGGACGACUACUACGACGAGGAGUACGACGACGAGCAGCCGCGCUCCGGCGGCGCGGGCGCCGAGCAGCCUUCGGACGACGACGACAGUGGCGCGCGCCCGGGCGGCGGCGCUGCGGGUCCGGGAGGCCGCGGGGACCUGCCCUCGGGGCCCGGGCGCAGGAGCGGCAGCCGUGGCCACCGCGCGGCUCCCCAGCUUGCCUGGACUGCGCUCAGCUCCAUCUUGCUGCUGCUGCUCCGGCCUCUGUUCUAGUCGCGCCCUCGCCGGGCACCUGCGGCCUGGGACCGCGAGCGGAGGGCAGGGAUGCCUGGGCCUCGCCGCGCCGGGGCUCUUCCCUGUCGCUUCUCCCGAGCACGACUCCUUGGAGCUCCUCUCUGCCCCCACUGCAGGCUCCCGAAACUGCACCAGGCUGGGGCUGUGGGAAUCUAGCUGUAGAGCUCUGGACGCCCUGGAGGAAACGGCGUGGGGGCGGGGGGGGGGGGACCCAAAUCUGAAAAGUGCUGGCCGUCGGGUCCUAACACUUCUGAGGGACUGAGUUUAAAGCUGGGGUGGGAUGUGAAGGAGGAAUUAGACACAAAAGGGCUGUUGAUUAGCGUUUUUCUUGUGAGGGGAAAAAAUUGUGCUUGUGGCCAGUGAGGACGCACCAAUUGUAAGCAAAGAGAAAAUUCCCACGUAGCGAUUUAUUCGUGCACUCUUGGUAUCAACACGCAGAGUUCUCAGUGACGUUUGGUGGCAGGCAGUGACUGCCUUAGGAGGGACUCCUAAAUUAAUUCUGAUAACUUGGAGCCGUUGGCCUUAAUCUCAUUGCUACUAUUCUGAUAUCGUAGCACAUUUCUUAGGGUUAAGAGUCCAAACAUGCUGAUCUGCAGAGUUACUAUGGCAUUGAACAAUGCAGCUUUUUAUUUAAAAAGCUCUGCACCGCCAUCUAUGAUGUUUGUGUUGCUGUCAUUUUUGUUCUUUACAUCAAGAAACUGUAUGUUCACAUAUGCGGAGAACAUACUGCCUCUGCCCCUAUCAGGGUGCUGAACCCUGGUACAUCGUAUAUAAAGUGUAUUAAAACUGGGGUUUGUUACCAGUUGCUGUACUUUGUAUAUAUAAUUUUUAUAAAUUGUAUGCUUCAGAAAUAAUUUAUUUUUAAGAAGAAAUUAAAAGUUUUAAAUCCACAUCCAUGUUAAAUCUUUUUCCCCCAGAAAUGUAUAGAAUCCGCUUGUCACCAGGGAUCCAAAUCCAGAAUCCAUUUGGAAGUGUGGUCUAUUGAGAACAGCCUUAAAAUGUACAGUAUAUUUUAUAGAUUUGAAGUAACAUUCUUAUUUUCAAGAGAAUUUAUGGACACUGUAGAAAUGUAUAAAUGCAUUUUCAAACUGCCUUAAACAUUGUAUUUUUAUAGACCUCAUUUUUUAAAGUCCUAUGAUUUAAAUAACUAUGGCUCUGUGUACUUUUUGGUUAUUUGUUUUAUUAAAAUGUGUACAUCAGUAAAGAGAUUAUAAACAAUGA